UCCGUUCUCCGCCGCCGCCUGUCUCCUUCCCGGAACCAACUACGACUCCGAAACAGACUCGUGCUCCCGUCUUCCCGGAACCAACUCCGACUCCGAACCAACUCUGCCGCCUGUCUCCUUCCCGUCCGCGAUUUGGUUUCGAGGAUGUCUAAGCGACGACGCCAGGGCGAGGAGGGUCAGGCCAACUGCCAUGACCGCAGCGGCAACAAGCACGAGAAGAGCCUCUAUCUGGUUCUAGAUGACUGGCACAGGGGCUUCACCAUCCGCAAGCUUGACGCUGACAGCCCUGACGUAAGCAACCCCCCUGUCGUCCGGCUAGUGUCACCUGCGCGUGACCUUCCCAUGGACUUUGCAGCACUGGGCGGCAACAUCAUAGCUACUAGCAACCAAUAUACUGCAACCGUGGUCUUCGACACGGAAACUGACGCUCUGGCCAUGGGCAAUCCCCUCCCUGAUUCACUCCUUGAUGCGGCCAACUACUUUUUCAGCGCCGGUGACGUGCUGUUUGCGUUUGCCUACUACUUCAUGAGGCGGCCUCACUCCUUUCAAGUCCUGACCGCCACCAAGGAUGACAUGAACACUUUGUGCCCAAGCACUGACUGGUCCUGGAAAAGCAUGCCGGCACCCUUCGCUAAGGAUGAAAAGAUCGAAUCCUACGCCCUUCACCCGGACGGACACACCAUAUUUGUGUCUUCGUACAUCAACGACAUCAACCGUGGCACCUUCUCCUUUGACACCAAGACCCGUGAGUGGAGGCGCCAUGGGGAAUGGAUGUUCCCUUUCGUGCUUGAAGGCUACUUCGACGCCGACCUAGAUGCAUGGGUUGGGCUACACCCUGAUGGCUACAUCUGCUCCUGCCAAGUUCCCUCCCUCAGCAAUAGCAGCAGCACAUUGCAGCAGCCCAACUGGAAGAUGGCCAAGGAGCACAGGAUGUGGAACCCAUACCAUCAGUUGGCUAGAGGGCGAGGGCCUACUCUCACCUACAUGGGCAACUCCAGAUUUUUCCUUGUUGAUUGUGUGGCGGCCGAUGGUUUAGAGUUCCAGGAUGCUUUUGGUGACUCUCGUGGCUGCGUGCUCAACAUGACCACGUUUCAUCUCAGGUACGAUAGUGAGGGAAAUCUGCGAAUCAAAGACAGGAACACUACCUCUUGUCGUGUGUCUAAGCAACUCUCGACGUUCUCCCCUGUGGCGUUCUGGAUGUAGCUACAGCAAAGGAAACUGCUCAUGCGUUCUGGAUGUAGCUACAGCAAAGGAAACUGCUCAUGCUGUUUUUAUUUAUUUAGCUGUAUGUCAGCUAUGUUCAUCAUCCUAUCUGUAAAUUACUCCCUCCAUUUUUCUAUAUACAAGGCCACUUUGUAAAUUGGGUCCAACUUUGACCAUCGAUUUGAGCAACAAAAUAUAUGUAUACUCCACGCAAACUAUGGGCAUAUAACAUAUAAUUUUGUUGCUCAAAUUGAUGAUCAAAGUUAAGCCCAAAUUAUGAAAUGGCCUUUAGAAAAGAGAGGGGGUAUGAUUUGAAUUAAUAAAAAGCAAACCGUUUAUUGUGUGGAACCUUUCGGAGCUCUUAAUUGUUAAUUCUGUAAAUGCAGAA